AUGGCUCAACAAAGGCGUUUAUUGGAAAAUCGUGAGUUUGAGAAUCUGGCUAGAGGGUUGCCGUUGUCGAGAACAAUCGCCGCUGAACAUAUUGACAAGAGUACUAUGGUAAAACUAGCUCUUUCAUUCAUCAAAUUGCAUCAAGUGAUCGAUUUUGAUAAAGUAAAGCGUUAUUGUUAUCGUAAUCCAACGAAUUUCCCUCUCGAUUCUUCGGAGAUGUUGGAUAUAUUAGAUGGAUUUCUUUUGGUGUUAAGCGAGAGUGGAGAUGUGCUUUACAUUAGUGAGACUGUCAGUGUGUUUAUGGGAUUGUCACAAGUUGAAAUGAGUGGAACAGCUUUUCGUCUUUACAUUCAUCCUGAGGAUUUUGUUUUGUAUCAAUGGGCCUUUACCACUUCAAAAGAUGAUGGUCAACCAAUCGCUUUUAAUCUCCGGAUAAUGUCCUCAUUAACAAAGAGAGCCAAUCGAGAGACCGCAAAAGCAUCUCCUGGCUUUAAGGUGGUUCGCUUAGAGUUAAGAUGCACGAAUGGAUGUACUCUUCUUUACAUCACUCCUCUUCCACAACUCGUCCUUUCAACAGUCACUCUUCCCUCAUAUUCUAUGUGCAUCAUACUAAAUCUUGACUUCACAAUCAAUACGAUUAAUCCAAAAUUGGAAGAGCUCCUCUUAUCCCCAUAUUUUCCUCAAGAAAUCUCUUUGAAAGGUGAAUCUCUCUAUAAAUUGAUUCAUAUCGAUGAUGUUGAAAUUGUAAAAAGAGCACAUUUUGACGCAUUCUAUUUGAGAUCUCAUCGAACCUCAUAUUUUCGCUUGAUUCAACGCGGGACUGGGUUAGAUACCAAUGUCCAAGCUACGGCUUUCCGAUACACUUCUCAGACGCUACGAAAUAACACCGAUUCAAUCACAAUGAUUAUUUUGAUUUUA